CUUUCGACGAAACCUUGACGUCUUAGGCACGAAAAAUAAAAUAAAACGAAAAAGAACAAAAAGAAAGAAAGAAAGAAAGAAAGAAAGAGAAUGAAAUAGAAAGAGAAAGAGAAAAGAGAAACGAAAAGGAAAGAUCAGUGAUCACGAUCAAUGACGAUCAAUUACUUCGUUUCACUGGAAGAAUGGGAAGAGGGAUGAGGAUCGAUAAAUUCGAGAGAAAUGUGAUGAAUCUUCGAUCGUAAAAUCAUCGAUUGAAUAUUCCUCUUUGAAGGAUUUUCAAUAGGGAGUAGUUGAAAAGAAGUACAUGUUAUUAUUUGUUUUACUUUUGUUUUUCUUCUUCUUCUUUUUUUUUUUUCUUUUCUUUUCUUUCGAAUGGUCCAAAUGCAAACGGACGCAGCAGCAUCCUCCAUCUGGCGUUUUCUCUAUGCGUCUAUGGAGUUACCUCCCCCAGUCCCCUGAACCGGGAUACCACCACCUUACCACACCUCACCACAUCACACCUCACCACACCUCACCCUACCCCACCCCAUUCGAUCUGCUCUUAUCAUGCCUAUCAUCAGUUCCACCCUCGCGCUUGGCGGUCGUGUCAGCAACCAACGAAACGUCAGCCAGUACUAUCACGCACGAGAACGCACGUUCGUCUCGUGUUCUCAGGUGGAUUAAGAAAAGGGAAAAGCAAAAGAGAAAGAAAAAUAAAAGAGGGAGAGAGAGAGAGAGAGAGAGGCUUCAAGAGAAAAAAAAAGUAGUCAUCGUUAUCAGGUUUUGUUUGAAUCGAAAUCAAUUCCGAACGGGAAGCCAUCGGGAGUUCGUAGAAUCCACCCCAUUUUGAUCACGACCGACGCCAAAGCUAAAAUCGAUCCUUUGAAUAACAAAAAGAAAAAAGGAAAAAAAAAACGAAACUAAAUAAAACAAAACAAGACGCGCUAUUAUCGUAAACAAACAAGGAUGAAACUUAUCGCCGUUUUGCUCGUUUGUCUCUUCGAGACGUCCCUCGUUCAUUGCGGGAAACGACCGAGUUUCGUUUCUGACGAAAUGAUAGCUACUGCAGUUAGCGUUGUGAAUGCUUGUCAGACACAGACAGGAGUGGCUACAGCUGACAUCGAAGCGGUAAGAAAUGAUAAAUGGCCGGAGACGCCUGAAUUAAAGUGUUACAUGUAUUGCCUCUGGGAACAAUUUGGUCUAAUAGACGAUAAAGGGGAAUUAAAUUUGAACGGUAUGCUAACUUUUUUUCAAAGAAUCCCAGCUUAUAGAGCGGAAGUUUUGAAAGGCAUUAGCGAUUGCAAGCUGAUUGGUAAAUACCUGGCUCAGGGUGACAAGUGUCAAUACGCGUACGAAUUCAAUAUGUGUUACGCUAAGAUAUCACCGAGAACCUAUUAUCUAUUCUAAUGAAUUUUCAUCAAUUGAAGAGCACGAUGACCAAAAAUAUAUAUACACACAUACACACCUAUAUAUAUAAUAUAUAUAUAUAUAUAUAUAUAUAUAUAUAUAUAUGUAUAUAUAUAUAAUAAAAAUAUUAAAGAAACGAUAUCGCCGAAUGUGUUGAGAUUUAUACAAUCAAGUGAUUUUACAUUCUCAUAUAAUUGUCCCGUAUACACCGUAAGUUGUACUACUUUAUAAAAUGUCUUUAAAAAAAAUAAAUCCUCUCUAAUAAUUGCA